UGAAAACCAAGUGAGGAGAUGCUGUCUUAUGGAAGAUGGGGGAGCUGGACAGGGGAUUAAAAGUAGCCACAUCGCCUGUUCCUGGUCACGAUCCCUGCUGGAAAUGGGGGUGUGACAAUGAAGUGAGGAAAAAGGACUUGUUUCUGAUUCCCAGUCCCACAGACAGGGGAUAGCAAACUGGCACUCACUGUGGAACAGUCUCUCAUUGAGGAGCAGAGCGAAUUGGAGGAAAUUAUGUUUCCUUUUUGUUCCUUUUUACAGAAGAAUUGCACUGUACUACAACAGAGAAUACAGAGAGGAUAUACAUUGCAGACAGAUCCUGACCAUCACCCAAAGAACAACCACACAACUGUGGGAAGACCUCCAGUCCUUUCACAGCAUUGCUUAACACAGAAGGUUGGGCAGUGAAACUACCAUCUAGAAAUCGGUCAUAUCAAGGGAGUUUUGACACAUCAUCAGAUGUUAAACUGGUCAGAGGUGUGAUGCCUACCAUCAGAACCAAUGUUUCUGAAGAUAUGUCUGUGGGUGACCAGUCAGAGUGAGGCUGGGAAGAAGUGUAACUGAGUUCCAACUGUGGCGAGAGCUUCAAUCAUUCAUCGAGCCUCAUGAACCUCUGACUCAUUCUGCAAGUGAGCGCCUUCUCACUUGGGUGGGUUGAAGAGAUUUCUGCCCUUGCAAGAUUGCCUAACAUGAAAUUUGCAUCUGCCAUAACCACUGUUAGCUUAACAGCAGCUACAUGGAAGAGAAACUAUUCAAAUGUGAAGCUUGUGAUAAAGCUUUCAUAACAUCAACCAGGCUCCUGCGACAUCAGAUGAUUCACACAGGAGAGAAACCCUUCAGAUGUGAGGUUUGUGGGAAGACUUUCACUGAGUCUUGCAAUCUCCUGACACACCAAAGGAUUCACACAGGAGAGAAGCCAUUUGUUUGUGAGGUGUGCAAAAAGGUAUUCUCUCAUUCAUCACACCUCCGUGUACAUCAUCGCAUUCACACAGGGGAGAAACCAUUUAUUUGUGAGGUGUGCAAAAUAUCAUUUUCGAGCUCAUCACAUCUCCGAGCACACCAACGUAUUCACACAGGGGAAAAACCAUUCCUAUGUGAGGUGUGUGACAAAUCAUUCUCACAGUCAUCAGCACUUCGUGCACACCAACGCAUUCACACAGGGGAGAAACCAUUUGCAUGUGAGGUGUGUGACAAAUCGUUUUCAACAUCUUCUCAGCUUCGUGCACACCAACACAUUCAUGCAGGGGUGAAACCAUUCAUAUGCGAUGUGUGCAGUAAAUCAUUUUCAGUGUCAUGGCUCCUCUGCAGACACCAACGUAUUCACACUGGGGAGAAACCAUUCAAGUGCGACCUGUGUGACAAAUCAUUCUCAGAGUCAUGGAAGCUCCUACUCCAUCAGAGAAUUCACACUGGGGAGUAAACUUUCACACGUGUAAUAUUUUUGUGAAUGUUCUAUAAUAUCUUACUUCUCCUGAGACACAAGAGGGAUAACUUCUUCAGGAAUGUGACAAGGUUUUCACCCACUCCUUUAAAUUCCUGAAACACCAGAAGAUUUACACAGGGGAUAAACCACUCAAGCAUCUGGUAUGUGACAAGGCUUUCAGACAGUCAGCAUAUCUCAUGCUCCAUCAAUGC